UUUAGGGCACAUUAUUUAAAAUGAAACAAGUUGAGUGUGAGAGAGAGAGUAAGGAUGGAGAACACCCAACUCGAGAUCGAGACGCUGGUAGAAGCUGCGUUACUGGUGUUGAACACGGGAGAUGUAAAUGAGAAGGCGAGAAUUAGCGACGAUUUCGCCAUUAAAUGGCUCGAUGGUGUUAUCACUCUUCCAUACGUUUCUUCUCGAGAGUACAUCAUCCCCGAUCGUCCCCCCAGGCUUCCCAACGUGAAGCUUGUGCAACCAAGUCUAAUGCCGAAGCUGGGUAAAGCUGGAAGCUUGCAGAGCAGACAGGCCAUCGUCCAUAGUCUUGUUCACACCGAGAGCUGGGCCAUUGACUUAUCUUGGGACAUAAUUGCUCGAUUUGGCAAGCAAGAAGCAAUGCCAACAGAGUUCUUCACUGAUUUUGUGAAGGUGGCUCAAGAUGAAAGUAGACACUUCAGACUGCUUGCAGAGCGGCUAACAGAAUUGGGAUCUUCCUAUGGAGCGUUACCAGCUCAUGAUGGCCUCUGGGACUCGGCAAUUGUUACUUCAAAAGAUCUAUUGGCCCGUCUAGCAGUGGAGCAUUGUGUUCAUGAGGCUAGAGGUUUAGAUGUGCUGCCCACUACCAUAUCCCGAUUCCGCAGAGCAGGUGAUGAUCGAACAGCUGAUUUACUGGAAAAGGUUAUAUACCCAGAAGAGAUAACCCACUGCGCUGCUGGAAUAAAAUGGUUCAAAUAUCUUUGCUUGAGAUCUGAAAAAAUGGCUUCACCUUUUAGUGGUGGUACAGUAUUCCAAGAUGUUUGGGAUAGUGAAACCGACAAUGAAUCAGAUGAAACGACUAAUGAGGUUAUCAGAAAGUUUCAUUUCACCGUAAGGACAUACUUUAGGGGACCACUGAAGCCACCUUUUAACGAGGCAGCAAGGAAAGCUGCAGGCUUCGACCCUCGCUGGUACGAACCUCUUGCAGUUAAAGAAGCUGCUUCUUCUGUUGCUGCAUCACAAUAAAGGUCAGAUCAUUACUUGAUUUAUUUCUGUAUCUCUAAAUCAGUUACAUUCUCUUAUCCAUGUUUAACAAGACAAAUUUCAUUUAGAAAUUCAAUAUAGUUGUCUCCAGAGUCCAUACUUGCAACCUUAUUACAGUUUUGCUAUUCAGAUAUGGUUAUAAUAUCCAAAACCUUAUUAGGUUUAUAUGAAAAACAAUCACUAUUUGAAAAGUUUAUAUUUUAUUACAAUAUUUGACACAAUCACUAUCCUAUCCUAGCUUGUGAAAUUGUAAUAAUUAAAAUUUAUUUUUAUUGGUAUAAGGGUGUAGUUAAUGGAGUCACUUCAUUUCUAAUUUUCA